GGUCCAUUCAGGCGGACAGUUAAUCAAAAAUCGAAAAUGCGUGUUUUCAAGAUUUGAAUGUGGAUCAAUAUACUUCAAUAGAUGGGCUAUCUGAUGGCGUUAAAAGUUUUGUUCCAACUGUUAAGGUUCGUCGGAAAGCACUUGGCUAAAAACAGGUUUAGAACACACACGCGUGGCCGGAAAAUAUUUUUUAAUUAAAUAUAUCGAACUUACCUACUUGAAGGACAGAUAUUCUGGAUCUAAAUACUUUUCACUGUAUAAUAGUGAAAACAUUUCUCAGUUUGAAGUUAAACUGUUGGAGAAAGAAAAUUAACUUUCUAUAAGCUGGCAAUGUUUCGGACCGGCUAUCUUCAGUAUAGUGAGUAUCCCCUUUAUCUUCAGAAUUACUCAAACUUUGUCAAAAUGUUUGUUUACAUGUGCUACAUCUAUUACUCUUACACUGAAUUGCGCGAUUCCUGAACUUUGGUACACGAUUUCCAAAAACCCUUGGUUUUUCAGCUAAAAUCGAAUUUUCUCGGUUCAUGAACAUUUUUAAUCAAAAAUCAAGGUUAUAUUCAAAAUCAGCGAGAAAAACUGCAUCGAAUGAUGUAUGACAUAAACGUUUUUAAACAAAAAUCUUUUUACAAAAAAUUGAGACAAGGAUACUUCUCACCGAUAUUUUCGUCUAAAAAAAGUUUUGUUUUGUUCUGAAGUGACUCUCUUAGUGAUAGUCAGUUAUACUCAAGUGAAAAAAGUUGUUUCUGACCAAAAAAGUGACAUGUCCGCCUGGUAUGGGAAAAAUGCACACCUUGCUCUCUCCUCGAUACCCAUGACAGCCAUUCUAUGCCCUUUACCAGAGCAGCCAAUAUCAUCCAGUUUUGUUGAGGACAACUCACGUGAACAAUCAUCGCAACAACGAUUGUAAAUUGAUUUGGAUUACCAUAGCAACUACUGUUUAACAUUCUUUUAAGUUUCGAGACACUUACUCAUUGUAGAUGAGAUACUGCUAUGAUCGAUUUUACUACAUUUGUGCAGAUCUUGUAAUGCGGCCUCAACAGUUAUAUAUAAAAAGUUCUAACAAUUUGCAAUAACAUGACUGCAUGUUGAGGAGUUCCACAUUUUAACCUCAAUAUGGGGCUGCCUUGCAAAUAUUUUUUAAGGUGUAUCUCGUCUUCUUUUUUAGGCUGAACCCAUACUUGAAACACAAACAGAUAAAGAAGAUAGCAGCGGUCUUCUUGUAUCAGCCGAUGAUGAAAAUUCAGAUUCAAAAUUAAUACGAUUGGAAAGUGAAGAUGAGAGUAAUCGUCGAACGGGUGUGAUGAAAUUUUUAUCAAAUUUAUUACCAAAUUCGGAUAAUUCGGAUGAGAAUGAUCAUACGAUUAAACUACCGUUUAGUGAUGAUGAACAUUUACAAUUAUCUGGAAAAUAUAUCGUUAAUCAUAAAGAAUUGAGCUCAAUUAUUGCCCAUGCACUCAGUAUGUCGGAAUAUGAAUCACGAUUGAAUGAAAUCGAACAGGGAAUUAUGUCGGAUAUGACAAAAGUGUCCGAAAGUCCAAUAACACCAGGAAGUGCCCUGCAAGAAAUUCAAAAUGUAAAUGAACCAUCAGUUGAUGUUCCACGCAAUAAAUCAGUACGUAUCAGUGAGAAAAUUCAGUCAGAUAAACAAACGACUGAUGAUUCAUCACAACAACAUCACAUCGAAUUACAGUUUUUUGAUUCGACAACAAAAUUUUCUGUUAAAGUUUUAUUUGCAUCAAAGUUUAGUCAUUUGAGAAAGACUAUAUUCAAUUCUAACGAUGAAUCAGCAUUUCUUAGAUCAUUGUCGAGAUGUAAAAAGUGGACACCGAGAGGAGGAAAAUCAAAAUCUGAAUUUUGGCAAACAUUAGGUAAAUAUCAACAUUUUUUUUAUGCUCUUUUAUGA